CAUCAACUGAUUUACCACCAUUCCAUAAUAUUCUACAUCUAACCUCACUAUUAAUUACUCGGUGAUCCCAGCAGAUGCUGGCAGUAUUUCUAAGACAUUUGUGGUCAAAUACUAGUAGCUUGCAAAUAUCUCCUACUCUUAAUGGCCGCGUUCCACAGACGCAGCUGUUCCCCUCUACCAUGAGGACAGUUUCUACCGUAUUACAAAUUCCAUGAUCUUGAAAAUCAUGCCUCCCGGGUUAAGUACAAGGAUAUCUUGUUUUUAUUUCGAGUAUUGUGAUUGACUAGUUGGACGAGACGAAAUUAACGCUAAACCAUACCAAUUAAUAUCCCUAGUCGGCCAGACUAGUGAGCUAGUUAAUAUCCAUAAUGACCUACAAAGAUAACCCGCUAUCACUGGCUUUUCUUUUUUGCUUGAAAUCAUUCUUAACAUUUCUCUCUUCUAUGGCAACUGAAGGGCUGCUAUCGAUAUAUCAUUUACUUAAUUAAGAAAGUUGAUAAGCUGGUUGAUGAGACGGAGACUUGUCAUCUAAUGAAGUAGUCAGGUAUUUCACGUAUUCUCGACCAUUUCCGAACUUAACAUGUAAUGUUGGAUGGGAUAGGGAAAAGUUCGUGUUAUGUCUUGUGGUUUUGUGCCGUAUUAUUGUAUAACGUAAUGAUACCCUCAAUUAGAGAACAGUAAUUUAUCGACCGGACCAAUGAUGCAUAAAACCCAUGCGAGCAGUCUAGAGUCUUUACCGGUCCUUCUACUUGUGUUCAUUGCCAAAAAUGAUGAAUAUCAAAUGCUAAUUUUAGCAUUGUUAUUGUUUUAGAUGACGGUGUAUAACUUAUAUAUAUAUGGAAAAAAUGGUGAUAACUAUUUUACCGUGAAUGGACUCCAACAAAGCAAGGUGAAUGUCCAUCUGAUAACGACUUGAAGUUGAUGCGUGGUAUGUUAAUUGGUCUAAAAGGAUUUUGUCAAAAAAUUUCACCGUUGGACUACGAAAUUAAUCGUUUUUCUUACGUUACUAACACAUAUCGUCUUCAUUUUUACGAAACCCCUACACUAAUGAAAAUUGUUCUUACCACUGACAACUCUUGUGCACCAAUGAAUGAUGAACUUGAAGUGAUAUUUCAAAUAUAUACAAAAUACGUUUCACAAAACCCGUUAAUUAAAUCCGAAGGACCUAUUAAAAGUCAGGUCUUUUCUGAAAAACUUGAUCAAUAUGUUCAGAGUUUGCCUGUAUUUAACAAAUAA